CAAUCCAUUUCUGCGCCCUCAGAUGUGUCGUUUGUGGAUUGCUGAUCUCACUUUCUACCUAACAAUCCAAACUUCUAUACCUAAACCUCGCCACCAACCCCGAUAAUUUGGUUUACAUGAACCUGAUACUUGCAAUCGUUUUCCUAUCAAACUCUCUUUUCUUGCCUUCCACCAAACGCACAUUUCUCUGCACUUUUCUGGGCUUUUGUUUUUUAGAUCCCUCUCUCGGUUUGUAAUCCUUUUUCUUUCUUGGAAAAUGGAGGCAAAGCUGUUAGGAUUCGCUUCUCCUGGUGUAGUAAGCCCCAGUAACUCCAAGAUUUCAAGAUUAAGUACCCCUUUUGUCCACCAAAUAUCGCACAAACAUAGCAGCUUUUGGUGUCAAAAUUCAAGAUUUCCUAGGCAGGGUAUUAAGUUAAUACAAGCCUCUGCAACUUCCAUUGGAUUGACACCGAAAAAUAGGGUCGAUGAGACUGAGAGCUAUACUCUUGAUGGUAUACGGAACUCGUUAAUUCGGCAAGAAGAUAGCAUUAUAUUCAGCCUUGUCGAGAGAGCCCAGUAUUGCUACAACGCGGACACAUAUAAUCCUGAUGCUUUUUUCAUGGAUGGAUUCCAUGGUUCUUUGGUUCAGUACAUGGUCAGAGAAACUGAAAAACUUCAUGCUAAGGUUGGAAGAUACAAGAGUCCGGAUGAGCAUCCUUUCUUCCCUGAUGAUUUACCUGAACCAAUUUUGCCUCCUCUGAAAUACCCUCGGGUUUUACAUCCAGCCUCAGAUUCGAUCAAUAUAAAUGUCAAAAUAUGGGAUAUGUACUUCCGGAAUCUUCUCCCUAGAUUAGUUAAAGAAGGUGACGAUGGUAACUGCGGAUCAGCCGCAACUUGUGACACAAUUUGCUUGCAGGUUCUGUCGAAAAGAAUACAUUAUGGUAAAUUUGUGGCGGAAGCAAAAUACCGAGCCUCCCCGGAUGUCUAUAAUGCUGCCAUUAAAGCACAAGACAAAGACCAACUGAUGGAUUUGCUAACAUAUCCAACAGUCGAAGAGGCAAUCAAAAGGAGGGUCGAAAUGAAAACCAGAACUUAUGGGCAAGAUGUGACUGUAGACGUAGGUGUAGAUGGAACCGAUCCAGUUUACAAAAUUAAUCCAAUCCUAGUUGCCGAUCUAUAUGGGGAGUGGAUCAUGCCUUUGACAAAGGAAGUGCAAGUUCAGUAUUUACUGAGAAGGCUCGACUGAAUGGAAGGAUGGUUGGUAUAAUGUUUGAUUGUUAUGGUAAAAGCUGCUGCUUCUUUUUUUUAUUUAUUUUUUAUUUUUUCCCUCUGUAUAUUAAUACUGAGACAACUGACAGCAUGCAACCAGAAGCUUCAAUUAUAAAGUUGGCUAUUGAAUAAAAUUACUUGGGAAAACCUAAGUUGUUGCAAGUGAUAA